CUCAGUUAUAUAAUUCUGCGUAACCCCUUUAGUUGCCUUGUAAGCUUAAAGUCACUGCGAUAAGCCACCUGGGAAGACUGUUUCCAGCCUAUGUAGCCACAUUACAGUACAGUUUGUGUACUUCCUCUAGUGCUAUCAGUCAACGAGCCACAAUUUGUAAAGACAACCCGAUAAGAUAACGCUAACUGUACCAUAAGCCGUGUACCCAUGUAACGCGCUCAAUUUUCCAGAGCUGCGACUUGAACCUGCAGCAAAGCUUCAGAGUUUCAACUAGCAAAGAGAAAACGCCAGGCAAAGAGAGGUUCUAAAAAUUCGAAGCACUCAACAACCGGGGAGGAAUUGAAAAUCUGAAUUCUCUAAAAAUGGCUACUCCCGUCGUAACCGUCGGCGAGACCAAAGAGCUGCGCGGCCUGAACCUCAUCGCGGCGCAUUCGCAUAUCAGAGGCCUAGGCGUAGAUGCCGACACGCUAGAACCUCGCUCGGCGUCGCAGGGCCUCGUCGGCCAGGAGAAGGCUCGGAAGGCGGCCGCCGUCAUAUUGGAGAUGAUCAAGGUAGGGAAGAUUGCCGGUAGGGCCGUCCUCAUCGCUGGACCUCCAAGCACCGGUAAGACAGCCAUCGCGAUGGGCAUGGCGCAAUCCCUCGGCCCCGACGUGCCCUUCACAUCCCUCGCCUCGUCCGAGAUCUUCUCGCUCGAGAUGUCCAAGACGGAGGCCCUCACGCAGGCCUUCCGCAAGUCGAUCGGUGUGCGCAUCAAGGAGGAGUCCGAGAUCAUGGAGGGCGAGGUCGUCGAGAUCCAGAUCGACCGCAGCGUCACCGGCGGCGCCAAGCAGGGCAAGCUCACCAUCAAGACCACCGACAUGGAGGCCGUCUACGACAUGGGCGCCAAGAUGAUCGACGCCAUGACCAAGGAGCGCGUCAUGGCCGGCGACAUUAUCUCUAUCGACAAAGGCUCCGGCAAGAUCACCAAGCUCGGCCGCAGCUACGCCCGCAGCCGCGACUACGACGCCAUGGGCGCCGACACCAAGUUCCUGCAGUGCCCAGACGGCGAGCUGCAGAAGCGCAAGGAGGUCGUGCACACCGUCACCCUGCACGAGAUCGACGUCAUCAACUCGCGCACGCAGGGCUUCCUGGCCCUCUUCAGCGGCGACACGGGGGAGAUCCGCAGCGAGAUCCGCGACCAGAUCGACACCAAGGUGGCCGAGUGGAAGGAGGAAGGGAAAGCCGAGAUCGUUCCGGGCGUGCUCUUCAUCGACGAGGUGCACAUGCUAGACAUCGAGUGCUUCAGCUACAUCAACCGGGCGCUGGAGGUGGACCUGGCGCCCAUUGUCAUCAUGGCCAGCAACCGCGGGCACUCCAAGAUCCGCGGCACCGACUACCGGAGCCCGCACGGGCUGCCGCUCGACUUCCUGGACCGGGUGGUCAUCAUUCAGACGCAGCCGUACUCGCCGGACGAGAUCCGGCAGAUCCUCGCCCUGCGCGCCGCCGAGGAGGAGAUCGACCUGUCGGCCGACGCCCUCGCCCUGCUCACCAAGAUCGGCCAGGAGGCCGGCCUCCGCUACGCGAGCAACCUCAUCACCACCUCCCAGCUCGUCUGCGCCAAGCGCCGCGCCAAGCAGGUCUCCGUCCACGACGUCCAGCGCAGCUUCAAGCUCUUCUACGACCCCGCCCGCAGCGUCGCCUUCGUCACCCAGUCUGAGAAGCGCCUCAUCGGCGACGACGGCGCCGUCGACCUCGCCGUGGCCAACGCCCAAGAUGCUGCUGCCGUCGCGGCGGCGGCGGCGGCUGGUGGUGAUGCUAUGGAGAUUAGCUGAAACUGAGCGGGAUUGAUUUUAGGGUAUUCUGUGUUUUUUUUUUCCUCUUUUUUUUCAUGUGAAUGUGGCGUUAUGUGGGAUACCAAAAAAAGCCGGUAGCUUAGGC